AUGAAUUUUCCAUUCGUGCACUACACUACAACUCCACUCCGUUCCUCUGCAUUUUACUGCUUCCACACAAACCCCAAAACUCCAAUUCCGCCACCACUCCGCCGGACCAACACCGCAAUUCCAGUCAUUCCACCUCGGGAUCGAGUCAUAGACUUCGGAAAAUACAAGGGCAAAAUGUUGGGAACCCUACCUUCAACCUAUCUGAGAUGGGUCUCAAAAAACCUAAGAGCCCAGGACUUUGAAGAAUGGGCCAAGCUUUGCGAUGAGGUGCUCAUUGACCCGGUGUACAAAGACCGCAUAGAGUGGGAAUUCGCCGAGAAAAUUCUAAACGGCGACGUUUUGGGUAAUUCCUCGGUACCAGCGAAUGGGAAUCAGAAUGCUGUCUCUGAACUGCUGGAAAUUAGCCAGCGAUUCGGGUGGGAUAAUGAAGAUAAGGCGGGUUGGAGUAAGAUUGAUUUUGGGCUUCUAGGAAGCUCCAAGGGAAGUAGAAUUCCGAGAAUUGGGGACGAAAUUAGGAGUGUGGAAAAGAAAAUGCAGAAAUUGAAGAAGAAUGAGGAAACUUCCGACGAGGGCGACGGUGAAAGAAGAAGAAGGACGCGGAGAGAGCGGCUGAAAUCGAAGAACGGUACAAUUCCGACGGCGGCGGAGAGGAUGAGGAAAUUAGGGAUUUUGGAUGAUAAAAAGGAAUUCGUGGCGAAUCAACGAGAAGAAGGGGGGAAAAUCAUUAGUCCAUUUCCAGGACGUGAAGCAAUGUUGAAGAAGAUUAUGAAUAAUAGAUAG